UAUCAUUGCUUGCGAUCCGCUUCGGCGGGUCGCAGGCAGCGAACACCUUGUAACAAGCAGGAAGCGGAUCUUGGAGGGGAAAUCGGCAAUUUUUUUCAAAGAAUUGGAGAGGAUCGCAAGCAGCGGCUAUCGUACAAUGAGAAGGAAGCGGAUUUUGGCGAAGGGAUUUCUAAAACAUAUGGUUAG